CCCGCCCGCUAUUGCGCAGGCGCGGCCGACGAGCCUGAGGAGUGUGGAGAUAGCGGGGCUGCGGGAGCUCCGGAGCAGCGUUAGGGUUUGCGGCCUGCGUUUGCCCAGCUCCAUCCGUGCACGAUCUGGGGCAGCCAGGCGCUGAGAGCCGAGCCUCCCGUUCCCUGGGCACCGUGACCAUGGAGAAUCAGGUGCUGACGCCGCACGUCUACUGGGCUCAGCGGCACCGCGAGCUGUAUCUGCGCGUGGAGCUGAGCGACGUGCAGAACCCUGCCAUCAGCAUCACUGAAAAUGUGCUGCAUUUCAAAGCUCAGGGACAUGGUGCCAAAGGAGACAAUGUCUAUGAAUUUCACUUGGAGUUCUUAGACCUUGUGAAGCCAGAGCCGGUUUACAGACUGACCCAGAGGCAGGUGAACAUUACUAUACAGAAGAAGGUGAGUCACUGGUGGGAACGACUUACCAAGCAGGAGAAGCGCCCGCUGUUUUUGGCCCCUGACUUUGAUCGCUGGCUGGAUGAAUCUGAUGCAGAAAUGGAGCUCAGAGCCAAGGAAGAAGAACGCCUGAAUAAACUAAGACUAGAAAGCCAAGGCUCCCCUGAAACACUUACAAGCUUGAAGAAAGGAUACCUGUUCAUGUACAAUCUUGUGCAGUUCUUGGGAUUCUCCUGGAUCUUUGUUAACCUGACAGUGCGGUUCUUUAUCUUGGGAAAAGAGUCCUUCUAUGACACGUUCCACAGCGUGGCUGACAUGAUGUAUUUCUGCCAGAUGCUGGCAGCUGUGGAGACCAUCAAUGCAGCGAUUGGAGUCACCAGUUCACCACUGAUACCUUCUCUCCUACAGCUUCUUGGAAGAAAUUUUAUUCUGUUUAUCAUCUUCGGCACCAUGGAAGAAAUGCAAAACAAAGCUGUGGUUUUCUUUGUGUUUUAUUCGUGGAGCUCAAUUGAAAUUUUCAGGUACCCCUUCUACAUGCUUUCCUGUAUUGACAUGGACUGGAAGGUACUCACGUGGCUGCGUUACACUGUGUGGAUUCCCUUGUACCCCCUGGGAUGCCUGGCAGAAGCUGUGUCAGUGAUCCAGUCCAUUCCAGUGUUCAAUGAAACCGGAAGAUUCAGUUUUACAUUGCCAUAUCCAAUGAAAAUCAAAGUUAGAUUUUCCUUUUUUCUUCAGAUUUAUCUUAUAAUGUUAUUUUUAGGGUUAUAUAUAAAUUUUCGUCACCUUUAUAAACAACGCAGGCGGCGCUAUGGACAAAAAAAGAAAAAGGUCCACUAAUCAGAGAGAUUUAGAAGGCUUCUUGCCAGUUUGAGCCUAAUCUAUGAUUCUUACUGUUUUACCUUCUUGUACUGAUGUAAAAGUUUUUUUAAAGUUAAUUGAAUUCUCAGUGAGGCUAUCUCCCUUUCUGCGGUAACAUUCCUGAAUUUACUGUAUUAUCUUAGUGUAGUACUUGCAUGACAUGGAUUCCUGCUAUCCGCCAACAGGUUCAUUCUUGUGUAUGCAGAUAAUGACAGCAAAAGGCUCAGCCCCACCCUACUCUGUGUCCCGUCUGCUCUUUACAUGCUGGAGAUACUGUCCCAGUGCUCUGUCCCUACAGGUACUGACCACUAUUACAGCUGGGAUUUGUUCUUUCUCCCCAUUAGUAGGAAAAAAAGCAAGACUAUUUUGUGCUAUAGAAUGUUAGUACUUAAAGCGACUCAGGCAGGACCUAAUAUUCUGUACCCACAGGGUGAUUUGUGUAGUAGGGUGGCACUGACUUUGAAAUCAAAUGUGCUUGGUCACCAACAAGUCUCUGAGUCACAGUGGGGCUGGACAGCAGUUUGGCACCCAGCCUAACAGACCACAGUGCUUAUUACUAGUGCUUACCAGUGUGGGCAUUGAAGAGGCAAAGGCGACUUGAGAGAAACCAAGCAGAACCUUGGAACACCAUGGUCACUUCAUUCCUAGGUAAAUCAGGACUGUUCAACUCUAAAGAAAGAGGAGACUGUGUUUAGAAAACAGAUUAUUAGUUCGAAAUUCAGGUGGCUACAGGGGUCAGAAAAGAAUGCAAACAUGUUGGUCAAACUGGCACUGAUACAGCUGCUCAAAAUGUAGCCUUGGAACACUGCAAAGUCAGUUCAGAGGCCAGACUGGAGUAGGCCCUGCCUGCCUACAGAACUGUCUAAUCUGGGCACAGACUGAAAGUCAGCCUUCGUUUCCUUGUCCUGGGUGAGUCCAUUUCUUGCAUACUUCUCUGAGUGGGGAGGCUGUACAUUUUUAACCUCAAAAACACGUUUUUUCUGCUGUUGUUGGAUUGGUUUUUUUUUAACUGUCUGCAGUAGGACACUGAAAACAGAGCAGGAACUUUGGCUGGGGAAUGACCUGUUGGUCCUUUAACAAGGAGUCCUGGCAGGAAACCCAAACCAGGGGAACUGAAGAAAGUCUAGCCAUUAUGGUUGCCCAUUGUAAAAACACAUCGGUUUCCUCCAGUACAUUCCACAUAAACCAGGUAAAAUAAGUGCUAGAAGUGACACUUGGGUUAAAAGAAUUUAAGGCACAGUUGCGCUUUGUGUUCUGCCAUCCCGUGUCCCUAGGAGAAAGGAGUCUUGGUCAGCUUUGAUCUAAAGCAUCCAAUUAGCAGAAGGUGACUGAUGUUUUAAAAACUCAUUGCACUGAAGGGCAUCUUGCAUGUCUGUAACUUCUGUCAACACCUGUGUGUACUGACUUCUGAUCUCCUCUCACCUGACUCUGUAACCAGGCUGAUCAGCUUUGUAGUAGAUGAUGCUACAUCCUUCUGGCAAAGCCCUGUAUUCCUAGUGAUUGUUAGGAACCCCUUUAUCGCUGUCUGAGGAAGACUGUGUGUUUAUAUUAAAACAUUUGCAAUCAAAA